GACACAUGAAAAUAUAUUUGGUUUUACGAUUUUAUGAUACGCCAUUUUGUCGUGUGGACCAUUUUAAAUUCAGAACGAUGACUGAGUGCUGUCCGUUCGUUUGACCAUAUGGUACAUAUAAACACGGCUCAAGAUGAAAAGACUGAGCCUCACGACAAUGGAAGCCCAAGCCUUGACCUUGUCUGCCCUCUUCCUCCUCGUCUCUCUCGCAUUCUUGUUUGGAAGAAGAAUCAAUCACAAUCGCAAUCGCAAACGCUACCUCCGGUUUCUGCGUCCCGCAAACGCGCUGCGUCUGAUCCACCGCCUCCGUCUCCAAUGGCGUCCGGUCGACAUAGUCAUCAGAAGAGAAGACAGAUGUCGUUUCUUAGUUUCAGACAUCGACUUCGACCUGAAGUCUUACAUGAUCCGUAAGACCGAAUCCAUCGACGACGCCCUCGACGCGGCCGUGCCGCUGGUGGAGCCUGUCAAAAUCCACGAGGCAAUGCGUUACUCUCUCCUCGCCGGCGGCAAGCGAGUGAGACCGGCGAUCUGUCUCGCCGCCUGUGAGCUCGUCGGCGGUGACAUCUCCGCCGCAAUGCCGUCGGCUUGUGCGGUGGAGAUGAUCCACACGAUGUCCCUCAUCAAAGACGACCUCCCUUGUAUGGACAACGACGACCUCCGCCGCGGCAAGCCCACCACACACAAGGUCUUCGGAGAAAACGUCGCCAUUUUAGCCGGCGGCUCGCUCCUCGCAUUGGCCUUCGAGCAUAUAACAGCGGAGACGCCGGAGACGGUGGCUCCGGCAAGGAUUGUCCGAGCCGUGAGGGAACUGGCGAGGUCGAUCGGGACAAAAGGGCUCGUUGCAGGACAAGCGAUGGAUCUGAAAAGCGAAGGUUUGAACGUGGAAGACGUGACGUUGGAGCAAGUGGACUUCAUCCACGCCCACAAGACGGCGGCGUUAAUGGAAGCUGCGGCGGUUAUGGGGGCGUUAAUGGGCGGGGGAUCCGAUGAAGAGAUAGAGAAAGUUCGAAGCUUUGGGAGAUGCAUUGGGCUGCUGUUUCAGGUGGUGGACGAUGUGUUGGACGCGACGAGAUCGUCGGAGGAAUUGGGGAAAACCGCCGGAAAAGAUCUGGUCGCCGACAAGCUGACGUAUCCGAAGGUGGUGGGUCUGGAGAAAUCGAAGGAAAUCGCAGAGAAACUGAAGAGAGAUGCCCAGAAUCAUCUUCUAGGGUUUGAUUCGGGCAAGGUGGCUCCUCUGCUGGCUCUUGCUGAUUACAUAGCCAACAGACAGAACUGAUGUGGCAAAAUUGUAAUUAAUGUGACUUUUCUGAUCUCAAUGUAUUUCAUUGUGGUUUUAUGUUGGCCAAGAUUUACGAUC